AUGCAAAACCUCAAGAUUGCCAUCAUUGGAGCUGGCCCAGCUGGCUGCACUCUUGCCCGACUCCUUCAUCUUGGAGGCAUUCAAGCCACCGUAUUCGAAGGCGAGGCCUCUGCCAAUGUCAGAACUCAAGGCGGAACUCUCGACCUGCACACUACCUCCGGCCUGGCCGCCGUCAAAGAAGCCGGCCUAUGGGACAUCUUUCUAUCGCAUGCGCGCUACGAUGGUCAAUACAUGGCCAUUGUGGACAAGGACCUUUACUAUUACGUCGUCCGAGGUGCUGACGCCGAGUCAAACAUCGCUUUUGGCGAACGCCCGGAGAUUGAUCGAGUGAAGCUCAGAGAAAUCUUGCUCGACUCUCUUCCUGAAGGAACCGUUAAAUGGGGACACCGCCUGCAAAAGGUUGAGGGCAGCACCUUGACCUUUACCAAUGGAACUACCGCCAGUUUCGACCUUGUUGUCGGUGCCGAUGGUGCGUUUAGCAAGGUCCGCCUAUCCAUUGCGCCGGAGCUGCUGCCGGAGUACACUAGAGUGGCAAUGCACGACAUCUCUAUCCCCGACGCUGAAAAGACUUCUCCUGAGACUUACAAAAUCGUCAACCGCGGGAGUAUUUUUGCCAGUGCGGACGGUCAGCGAUUCACCCUCCAGCAAAUGGGCGAUGGCAGCAUUUCCAUGGGUUUUAAUUUCGUCCGCGAGGAUCCCGACUGGAUGAAGCCCGAGAAGUGUGGCUACGACGCCGAAGAUCUCAUCGAGGGGCGAACAACGACCAGGUCACUGUGGCGACUGCCUAUUGGACAGAAGUGGCAGCACAAAUCCGGCGUCACUCUUAUUGGUGAUGCUGCCCAUUUGAUGACGCCUCAUGCUGGCGAGGGCGUGAACCAAGCCCUCGAGGAUGCUAUGCUACUUGCUCGACUGAUUCUCAAAGCUCAGAGUGUCGAAGAGCUUGAUGAACAUAUCCGUAGAUUUGAGUCCGACAUGAUAGCUCGUGUCAAACCGAUUCAGGAGCUCGCUUGGGAUCGCUGCCAGGGGUUGAUGUUCACCGAGGGCGUGCCAAAGACUCUUGUCGACAGAGUGAUGCAGCGUCGAAAGCAGCAAAUGGCAGAGGGCAAGUCUGCAGAGGAGCUCAAGAAAAUGGAUGAAGCCAUCGCCAAGGCUCAAGCAGAGGCUGAUGCUAUGAAUCGGACCUGA